UGUGUGGGCGACAACGUAUGUGACCUACGAAAGCUGGAGGCUCUCGACCCCACUGAGUCCACAAGCGAGCUCAGGACUCAACUCGCCAGCACCCUGUCUCCAACUUUGUUCCGAGUUGCACGGCUUUGCAGUCACCAGAACAUCUGAGACUGACACCUUCACCAGGUCACUGUGACUGCAGCAUCCUUAUCUGUACCUACUGGCAUAAUUAGCUUUAGCAGGGUGCCAUAGUAUUAUAAUGGCAGAAGACUUGGAAGCUCAGAAAGUAAUCAUCACUUCGAUACUGUGCGCACAUAAUGGAAGCAUGUCGCUUUCCAAAUUUCAAAAGGAGUACAAGUCAAUUGAAGGUCAUGUACCCUUCACAAAGUUCGGUUGUGCCACUAUUCACCAGUUUCUAAACAAAAUAUCUGAUACUGUUGAGGUUGUACACAUGUUCGGUGGAAAAGUAGCACUAUGUGCUAAAGCAAAUCAUGGUGUUGAUAAAGUGGUCAAGCAGCAAAAGCCAAAUGCAGAAAAACUUCGAAAGCAGCACAAAAACAGUGCCUCAACUCACAAAGAGCAUACGUAUGUGCAGAGUCUAUGUGUAUCUUUAAAAAAGGAGUGUCCAGCACUCGUUCAGGAAAGUAUUCCCGUCACAAUGCAACCUUUCAAGAGGUUGGCAGGAGACACUUGCAUUGACACAAAAUGCUGUACUGACAUUAACUGUCAGAGUCAAGACAAGGGAUUAUAUGCGCAAGCAACGCACAUCAUUCCAAGUGGUCACACACAUGAGCCUAGAUCCCUUGAACAGAGUAUAAUGGCUGGUGCUCAGACUGAAAAUGCACCAUCCUUUCCAAGUAGACGUUCUGAUGAAACAGGGCAGGUGCUUAUUGUCCGUGAACAGAAGGAUAACAAAACGUCAAGUGAUUUGGUCGUUGGUGUACCUGAUGUAGUCGCAGCUUGCAUUAAAAGACUAUUACAGGAAUAUCGGAAUGGACUUGAGCUUGGAGAACUGUUGGAAAAGUGCAAGGAGAAAGUUGGCAACAGUGCUUACUUCAUGCAAAGGAAACACAUUGAAGUCAUUCAAGAUGUCUUGUUCUCAAUGUCUUCAGUUUGUGUUGUUGCAGACUCUGAGCAGAAAUUUAGGGUUAUGAUUCAUAAAAGUGGAACAGAUGAACAAAAUCCAGCUACUUCCUUGUCUGACCAGCUCAUCUGUCAACUGAUGUCUGUUCUUAUUGAGCACCCUCAAGGUCUUGAAAUUUCAGAGCUGCUCAAACUGCAUCAUGCGCAGUUUGGGGAGCAUGGCUAUAUUAAGGACCUUGGCCCAAGUACAAGUGAUUUUGUUCAGAAUUUGCUCAUUAAAGUUCCGCACACUGUAGUAAUUAAUCAUGGCAAUGGGACAUACAGUGUCAAGCUCCACAGAGAAUGCCAAAUCCAUCAUCCACACGUACAGCAGCGACCAGCAUCAUUUGCAAGUGCUGAAAAUACCAGUGUUCCAUACAUUACAAGGGCAUACUGUGUGCAGGAAUUGCCAAACAGCUUGAUAUUCCCAGUGGCUGUUGGAGAAGUGUUCUCUCCAUCUGAAUUUUAUAUAUUGCUAACUGAUGAUUCCUUGGUCAGCAAGCUGAAUUAUCUAGUAGAAGAACUGAACUUAUUUUACUCCACGGUCCCUGCUGAUUUUUGCUCUGUGAGCUCCGAGGAUUUGAAGCCAGGCUUAGUAUGUGCUGCACUUUGUGCACAUAAUGGCAUACAGGUCUGGCAAAGAGUAAUUGUACGAAGAGUCACCAAUCAUAAUGUACGUGUGUCCCGCAUUGAUCGUGGCACAGUCGCACUUGUCAGCAUUCACAACAUACGAAGGCUUCGAAGUGACUUCCUACAGCUUCCUGCGCAAGCUAUCAAAGCCUCUCUUGCAAAUGUAAAGCCCAGAAGUCAAAAGUCAUGGUUACGUGAAGCCAAAUAUCGCUUCUUGCAGUUUGUCUCAAAGAAUGACUGCAUGUGCUCCAUGGUAAGCAGGAAAGACGACAUAUAUUUGGUAGAGUUAACACGGGCUACUGAUGGAGCUGACCAUGCGUCCUCUCUCACAGAUAUGCUUGUUGAUGAGGGAUUGGCACAAAGCACGAAAAUGAGUGAAGAAAGAAUGUCUGGAAACUUCAUGGACGCAUGGAUGCUGUCAGAAGGUCACCAUGUCAAUGUGAUCACAUGGAAUUCAGUGAAAUAUAUGUCUGCACUGGGUAUCUCAAAGCUUUUCGGUUGUGACAGUGAUUUGGUCUCACGUAAGCUUACAGAGAAGGGCAUCUCUUUUCGAAGAGCUGUUUUGGACAGAAAAUGUGACCCAGCAUUUCAUUACAGGAUAUGCCUGUGCGAUGGCACUUUCACUGAUGAUGGUAUCCAGUUGUACCUUUUGGUAAAUGUUCCAGACAUUCUCAGACUCUUACAGCAUCCAUCGAAAGAUUUGGCCGAUGAGUUAGAGAGCAGGUCGCUGGAACCAGGUGCUAUUGUCGACAUUUCGUCUACACUUUCGCCUCCAGAUGCAGUGGAAGAGGACGACCUGCAGAUGAAAUUAGACUUUUACAUGCAGACACAAGAUGCUUUAAGAAUGGCAGCAUGCCAGAACCCAAGCCCUUCCACUGUGUCUCAGCUGAACUAUGUGAAACAAAAGGUGCACUCACUUGUGUGCUUGUUGGAACAACGGGACAGGAUGGAUGUACACCAACAGGAACAAGAAAAAGAACCAACUCUUGAAAGUGAACUAGUCAUGGAAUGUUCCGACAGCAUCACGGAAAAUUCUGAAGAUAGUGCUGCCACAAUUGUCGUUGGAGAUUUCUGCGACUGUAUUCUAGAGCAAACCUGUUGAAGCAUAAAGCAUUGAGUGCUUCCAAAUAGAAAUUGGAUACUUCCAAGAGCUAAAUGUUGUGGAAAAUAUACAGUACAAAUUUUUGCAAUUUCUGAUGCCUUCAAAGCAGAAGCAAAUAACUAAGAAGUGUGAACUUAGUCUGCAUAGUGUGGCCUUGCAAACAAAUUUUAAAGAAAGCGUUCGCAUUUUCUGAUGAAAGUGAGGCAGAAGGGAAUGUGAACUUUUUUUUUUUUUGCCUUCUUUUCCGGUGAAGACAUUUUAAACUUCUGCAAGUUUGACAUAUGACUUCAAAGCAGAAGUGAAUGACAUUUUUACCUUGUGUUCUAUUUUCUUUGUGUACCUGCUACAUUGAAUAAAUUUUUACAUUUUUUA